ACAGGUGCCAUGGAUAGGCGAUGUUUUCAUUGUGCAUCCAAGUUCACUAUCUUCAAAAAAGAGUGUGGCUGUAAAUCGUGCGGACGUGCCUUCUGUGCAGGAUGUCUAGGAUUCACUGCUCUUCUCCCUGCAUAUGGCAACACCAAGCAAAAGAUCUGCAAGAAGUGUCAUGAGUCUAUCACCAGUGGAAAGGAUGAUCAAAGAAACAGUUGCUCCAAAUGGUCUCCACCAGAGAAUUACAAGAAGAGAGUGGCAGCCUUUGAAGCCAAACAGAGUCAGCAAAAGGUGAUACAGAUGGGGCCCGGAUUGCCACAUGGAGGGACAAAUCUCAACUUUCAGGGUUUGUCAGCAGAAGAUAGAGCGAUAGCUGAACGCCUGGAGAAACUCAAGCAAGAAACUAAACCUAAAACCAUUGCCUCAACAGCAGAAAUAGAAUCCAGAGUGCGAGCUCUACAGAAAGGCACACAAGGCCCUGUUCCUUCUCUACAGGAAAUUGAAGACCGACUAGCCAUAUUGCAAGGGAGGACGCCUCCAUCCAGAACAACCAAGCCGCUUCAUCAACCAACAGAUACUCAGCCACAAGGUAAAAAAAAUAUGAAUGUAGUUCAAAUGUUGUUCGCCCAGCACUUCACUGUUCUACCACCCACUAACAAUCUGAACAAAGUUGAUCAAAUAGACAGCAGAACUGUCGCUAAUACGGAACUAGACGCAGAACAGCUGGAGAGGGAGAAGGAUCGGAUUUUAAGAGAAGCAGCAGUAGAAUUGCAAGAUGAGAAUACAAGACAAGAGAAAAUGUUGGAGAUUGCAAAGAGGCUCGCAGCACUACAAGGCAAAGAUCCCAACAAAGUAACUGUGGACAACAUCAAACUGCCUGACAGUGAUGAAGAAACUGAGGAAGAAGGUGUUCAGAGGAUCCUGAAGCAGCUAGCUGAAGAAAGUGCUCUGGAUGAGGCGAGUGGCUACAAUAUUCCCCCCCAACAAAGUAGAACUGAGGAUACCAAGGGAAGAGUUCAAGCAGAAAAGAAACUUCCCUCAUCCCAAAUGAAUAAACCACCUGCACAGAAUCCCCCUGCUAGACCUGUAGCUGUAAAAGCACAAGUAGCAGACAGCGAUGAGGAGGAGCUGCCCUGGUGUUGUAUCUGUAAUAAGGACGCUGUACUGCGCUGCCACGGCUGUGAUGAUGAUCUCUAUUGUAAGAGAUGUUUCAGGGAGGGACAUGAUACAUUUGACCAGGAGGAGCAUCAGACAUCCACUUAUCGCCCACCACAGAAGAAAAAAGGAAGAUAAUAAAAUUUACAGUUACGGGAC